AUGUAAUCUACUGCAGGCAGCUGGUUAUGAGUUGGUCUGUGUAACAGCCAUACCGGAAAAAUUUGUCCAAGCUCGACUAGAAAAUUUGCAGAAACAUGGGUUUCCAAUUGAUCGUGUUAUUGGAAAACCCGCACAUUUGACAUACGAAAACCUGCCGACAAACCACGGGGCGGUUGAAGAUUUUGUCAAUCCGAAGAAGGAGAUCAUUGAACGACUGAGACCAGUAGCAUUCGUUGAUGAUCAGAGAAGAAAUUUUAAGGAUAUUGAGUGUGAUGAUACCAUAUUUGUGUAUAUUGAUGGUGAACAUACCGAUGAUCAUCCAAAUUUCAAUGAUGAUACGGCUUAUCAUGUCAAAUAUGGCAGUUUAAUCGAAUUUGUCAAAGACUUUUUGCGACAUGACAAUAAAAUGUUGAGUUAA